UAGAACCUCGCAGGUGAAUGUGUGUACACGCAGAUGACGAACCACACACAAGCGCUCUGAAAUGGGAUGUUUCAUAGGCUAAAGACUACGACAAACGCCGGGCGUAAGACUGAAUUUGAAGCGGAUUUUUUUUCUAUAUCAAAGGCAUGUCAACUUUUGUGGCCCAUCCCUCGGUUCGUGUCAGAGGAACAGAACACGCAUACACACCUGUGCUGUGUCAGGAUGAGAAGUGUUUAGGGCAGGAGAAAGGAGUGCACAUGCACUGCCCCCUCUGUUCUGUGGCCGAGGUUUACCAAGAUCCCAUCAUCCUGCGAGCUCACUUCCGUAUUAAACACGUGGACAAAGGCAUUGAUUUUGCAGGCUUGAAGGUGCUGCGUUGCUGUAUCCAUUGUGAGAUUGUGGGAACUAUUAAAGGAGAAAAGAGGUUUAAAGGUGCUCAUUGGCACUGUUACCGCUGUAGAAAUGGUUUCAACAGGCGGGACGAGGCCAUCAAACACUACAAAACACAUUUCCGAAAUCCCCAGACCACAUUCCAGAUCCAAGUCACUCAGAAUGUGAACUGCCGACAGUAUUAUGGGGAGAGCUCAGAGGCUCAUGGUAAAGCAUAUGAAGGGUUGGCAGUGAGUCUCGGACCAGGUGGAGAUGGAACAAGCAUUGGAUCCAUAUUAACUCAGCCCAUCGUGACCACUGGCACUGAAACGGAAGAAGGUGAGAGAAAUGGGAUCCGACUGGGUGCUGAAGAGGAGGUGGGGUCUUCCCAGAAUUCAUCUGAUGGGACACAGACUCUUGUUCUUAUGGACCCUGAUGGACAGGGAAACAGUGUGAUCUAUGACAUGGCUACUGGUAUCAUUACUGAACAGGACGCAGAAGGUUUGGAACAGACCCUGCUACAGAAAAGACUCCUGGAGUUCCACCAGCAGAUUGACACACUCCGUCAGGAGAAAGAAGAUAUGGAGAAGACACUACAAGCUGAGAUUAAACAGCUCAAAGAACAGGUUGCAAGUCUGGUUCAAUCUAAUGUUAGGAUGUUUGAGGAACUGCAAGCAUAUCAAUGUCCAGAUCACAGCCAGCAGAAGGUGGCCAAGCUUAUGGAAAACCUUGAAGCGCAGCACAAGGAGCUCCUGCAGGCCCAGUUGGCCUCACUCAGGAGAGAGAUCCUGUCAGGAGCAGAUAACAUGCCAAUCAAUGGCCAUAAGGAUGCACUGCAGCUCAAUGUGGUUCUAGAAGAGCCACAAACUGAAGUUAUCAGUGGCACUUUUACAGGACUGGAGGAUUUGGAUGUACAAUUGCAACCUGAGCAGCAUGAGGCACUAAGACCCACAGAGCUGGAACUAGUGCAAACCGAUACAAUGCCCUGUUUGGAGAGCCCCGGCUUGGACUUAGAUUUGCCAAAGACUGGCUUGACUACAUCUAAGGUUUUAGAGGAUAAACAGGAAGUGUCAUUGUCCCUUGUGUCAUCUAAGAAGCGCUGCUCGGUGGAUGAAUCAGACACAGUUGAAAGCAAAGUACAAAGAGUCAGCUGAGAAUGACUUUACAUUAGAAACACUCUUCUCCAUUCCUUUUUCUCAACACUUUUACACUUUGCUGUUACCUUAACCACACAUUUCCAGGUCAACAAUAAUGUCUGUAUUCUGUCAAUUGAUAUACAAAUACAUUUCCAUGAUGCAAUAUAGUUUUGAGCUUAAAUCUCCUUUCCAUGCUUAUUUAUAUUAAGUGCUGCAUUGGCAAUGCUUUUUGUUGGACUUAUAUGCUCUUGUCACUCAAAAGUCUUCAUUCAAUUUCAGUUAGCUUCUGUUGUUCUUUGAGCAUAAAUUGAAGCAUGUUACUGAUCUUGAAUUUAUAAACAUUUUGUGAUGAGCUGUGGAAAACUGUUUUAUGUUGGAUUGCUAAUUCUUGAUGGUCUUGUUGGCACAAAUGUGCAUUGUUAUCCUACUCUGGCUUUUCAUUUGCAUUUUCAAUGCCUAAAGUAAGUGUAUUUUACCAGGUUAAAUUGUUCAACUGGUGCUUUACUUACCAUGUGUUGGCAACUGUUACUUUUCACAGUGCUGAUCAAGAUGCACCAGAUCAGCCCUUUCAUUAAAUGUGAAACACAUUUUAUAAUUUGUAGAUUGAUGUGUCAGGUUUCAUUGUUAUAUUGUUUAUAUGAAUUUAUCCACUGAGAUAAAAAAUAGUUCUGGGAUUUGAA